UGGCCGAGUCAAAUUUAGCGUCCGGUAGUGCUGUGCUGCCGCCUUUGACGCAUUCUGCGCCGAACCAAGCCUGUGGGAUUUCUGAACGCGGUCGUCAUGUCUUACUCAACUAUGGACAAGUUCGGGGACAUGAAGCACAUCUAUGCUCCGCCUCGUUCCGAUGCGUUUGUGAGGGGCAUAUGGUGGCCUGACUACGGCCCAAUGACUGUGGAGUUCUCCAAUCAGGCGAAGAUGCAUCCCACCAACACCAUUUUCGAGAACCAGAUUGCCAAGCCAGUGAAAGCGAAGCGGGACUUGAUGGCCAGACCAAUGGGCCGGCCUGAGCCGCCGAUGCCGCAGUUCCGGCGGCAGCCGCCCACGGAGGCGCUUUGGAGCUCAACCAUUAUUCAGCCCUACAAGAGCGGAGGUCGCAUGCCGGAGAUCUUUGAAGGCGCCUGGCACCGGAAGGCCCACCAGUCCCACACGGCGCACGAAGAGGCGGUGGCCGAGACCCUCACGCGCAGGACCUUGAAGCAGCAGGAGCUGUCGAUGUCGCUGAGUCCAAAGCGAUCGCUCUCCUGCUCGCUCUCCCCCUGUUCUCUACCCAAGUCCCCCUCCUGGGUGGCUGCCAGCAGCCGUCCGCUCGACGCAGCCGGGCUGAAUGGCAAUGCCAGGGGUCGCGUCUACAAAGACGGCGCCAGCGAACUGGGUUUGGACCCUGAGUGUGCUGCUGCCCGCACGUUGGAGAAGUCCCGCUCCUUCACAAUGGGCUAAGUGAGGGGAAGCGAUGCAAGCGAUGCAAGCGAUGCAAGCGAUGCAAGCGAUGCACGUACCUGACCUUCCGGAUGGAUGGCAUACCUCCCAGCCAGC